AUGAUCAAUUGUUUAUCCGUAGUACAGCAAUCAAAUGCCAAUGCAUGGGGAGAGUUCAAUAUCGAUCUCGAGCGCACUUUUUUCAAUGAGACCAACGUGGGCGAUUUCAUCGAUGCCUAUUUUGAGCACACAGUUCGUCCUCGAUCUCGCAUUGUCUUAAAAUCGUCGUUCAACCUGAAGACUACCUCAGCGCCUUUGCUCCUUGCAAUGUUUCUACUGGGCGCAAGCUGUGGGUUAUCCGAGACUGCAAAGCUAGAAGCCACCACUUACAUCGACAUGGCGGAACAUGCUGUCUUUGAAGAUCCCACUUUUCAUCGGCUGGUUUACAAUGAGCAGUCCCUGAAUUGCGACAGUCUAGACCAGGCUGAGAUUGAAACUAUUCAAGCGGCAGUCCUCAUCAUUUUAAUUCAACUGGCUAGUCCCAAGGCGGAAGCUAGGCGUCGGCCCUCCCCAAUUUACAGUAUCGGAGUUUGGCUUUGA